GGUACAUCAACGCGUAUCUCGACACAACUCGAGACAAAAUAGUUAUCUGGCCAACACCGGCAACUAUGUCGCUCAACCAUCCUCCAAUUACAAUAACAUGUGUACCGUAAGCGUUGAAUGGGCACGCGAGUGACUUCCCAACAUGCAAUUGAAGGCCUGCAGCCUACGGGUUUAAGCUGUCAUAACUACCGGUAAUCGGAUGUAGGUCUGCAGGUGAUACUGAGUCUCUUUGGCUGACCCUUCCUCUCAUCUCCCAUCCACCUCUUCUCUCCAUAUACCCGUAGAUAGCGUUGAGAUCACGUCUGUCUUCUGGAAGCAGGUGUUUCAAUCGGCUCCAUCAAUCUAUUUGCGCGCCGCCCACCAUGCCACCAUCUAUCCUAUCUCGCCUCUCCAGCUUCCUCGGGAUCACAUCUUUAAACGCCGUCGGGAAAGAUGCAUACAUCAUCAUCACACUGCGCUCCCUACGCAUGUUCACUGCCGGUAUCCCGUCUUUGGUCCUCGCGCUCUUCUUCGCCUCGCUCGACUUUCCAGACUCGCGCAUCGGAGUCUUCAUGACUUUGACUCUGCUUGGCGAUGUCCUUCUAUCGCUACUGCUUACGCUUGUUGCGGACAAACUUGGACGACGUCGGAUCUUGUUCGGCGGGAGCGUGAUGAUGGCCUUCUCGGGAGUUGUGUUCGCCUUGUCGGAGAGUUUUUGGGUCCUUCUUGUUGCAGCGGUGAUUGGCAUUAUCAGUGUCACCGGUGCGGAUUGUGGGCCAUUCAGAGCAGUCGAAGAGAGCAUUUUGAGCGGGUUGACCGACGACAAGACCAGGAGUGAUGUUCUCACGUGGUAUGUUACAGCAACAACCAUGGCGGGUGCAGUGGGCGCUGAAGUGGCAGGGAGAAUGGUACACGCGCUGGAGAAGAGUAGUGGGAAUGUUACCAAAGCGUAUCAUGCGCUGUUUUGGGCAUAUGCUGCGUUCGGUAUCAUCGGGAGCAUAUUGUGCCUCGGAUUGAGCAAGAGAUGCGAAGCUGCUGGCGAGAAGCACUCGGAGAUGGUCGAAAGAGGACGAGGUGGAGGAAGCGGCGAAGAAGAAGAGGUCCUGCUGGAACCUAUGACACCAAGCACUACCGACAGCUUCGACCAGGACCAGGAGCGCGAACGUAGGCAGGCGGACAUCCGGGUCCAGCCGCAAAAGAAGCAAAGCUACUUCAGCCAGAUUUCCCAAUCCACCCGCUCCAUCAUGUUCAAACUCUGGAUUCUCUUAGCUAUUGAUUCGCUCGCAGACGGAAUGACUCCUUACUCGCUGAUGAACUACUAUGUCGACCAAAAGUUCCAUCUGUCAAAAUCUACUCUUGGCGAUAUAACUUCUGCAUCGCAAUUCCUGUGCGCCGUCAGCGCUGUCUUCGCAGGUCCGCUUGCAAAGCGCAUCGGACUUAUCAACACGAUGGUCUUCACUCACCUCCCGUCAUCAAUCGCCAGCAUGUUCAUUCCCUUACCGAGUAGCGUGGGUUGGACAGUGGGCAUACUCCUGUUCCGUGCGGCGCUCAACAGCAUGGACCAAGCUCCUCGUACCGCUUUCAUCGCUGCAGUCGUGAAGCCUGAGGAGCGGACAGGCGUAAUGGGCAUUACAAGCAUGGUGCGUACACUAGCGAUGAGCGUUGGUCCUUCGAUUACCGGCGUGUUGUCUGGCAAUGGCGUGUUUUGGAUCGCGUUCUUGGCGACAGGAAUGUGCAGAAUAAUCUACGACUUGGGACUAUGGGUUUUGUUCGUCAACGUCAACGUCAACAAGGACGUUCCAAAAGAAGAUGAUGUAGACAGUGUGGACGAUGAGGCUUGGAAUGGGUUGCUGAGCGAUUCUGAGAGUGAAGAGAGUGAAGAGAGUAGCGAAGGGAGAAAGAGUAAGGAUCUUGACCGAGGUGAAGCAAGAGUAUGAGCCAUAUAGAUUCGUGAAUAUCACGAACUCUGAAAGUUGAGUUAUACUGAGGUCCAGAGCUUUUAGUAAAGUCUGAAAUCAACAGCGACUUCCAAACAAUCUUUCUACAGGUGUUCGUCGUGGUCCGGAACUUUACUUAUGUAGGUAUUGCUCGGACACCAGCGCAUGUUUCCCUCAAUCUGAACGAUUCACAACGUUGUCUUGGAGAAAAACCUCAAGAUCCUUUCCC